AUGGCUCCGCUGGCUUACGGCCCCUUUCUUCUAGUGAUUUUCCUCAUCACUCUUGUUCCAGUGAGUGGAAGAGGAAAUGGUGCAGGACUACACAGACAGAAAAGAGAGUGGAUCCUAGCUCCAAGACAGCUCUUCGAGAACCACGAUUACACCACCUAUGACUAUAUUGCCAAAAUUCGCUCCGAUAAGGAGAAUUUCACAAGGGUUAUAUAUUCUGUAACCGGGCCUGGUGUUGAUGAGGAACCAAGAAAUCGAUUUGGAGUUGAUGCUAAAACCGGCUUUGUGAAAGUCUUCACCAUUUUGGAUCGGGAGGAUAUCCCCAUCUAUCACUUAAAAGGCAUUGCAAAAUUCACCAAUGGGACCCGUGCUGAAAACGAUAUUGACCUUAUGAUUAAGGUUGUGGAUGAGAAUGACUGUCCACCCGUCAUUAAAAUACAUCAAGUUGGCUACGUCAACGAAUCGAGCGCAGAAGGUACUGUUGUAAUGAAAGUUAUAGCCACUGAUGCUGAUGAAAUCAAUACACUCCACUCUAAAAUCUCCUACAAAAUUGAAAGUCGGAGCAAUGCCGCAGGGAUGUUCUACAUGAACUCCAGAACUGGAGAGGUCUUGGUUAGAUCGACGACUUUGGAUAGGGAGAAACAAGACACAUACAAGUUGUCUAUCGUUGUGUCUGACUUGGAUGGACAUCCAGGAGGAAACACGGGAACUGGAGAAAUAGAGAUUAAAAUUACGGACAUUAACGACAAUAUUCCAACGCUGGAAAAAGAAUGGUAUGAGGGAAGCGUGGAGGAGAACACGGUCGGCGUGGAAGUGUUAAGGAUAAAAGCCAUCGACAUGGACCUAAUUCACACUGACAACUGGCUGGCUGUUUAUGAAAUCAUUUCAGGGAAUGAGGCAGGCUAUUUCUCCAUAAAAACCGAUUCUGUGACCAAUGAAGGAAUCAUCAUGAUUGAAAAGGCCCUGGACUACGAAGAGGUGAAAACGCUAAAUUUGGACUUGAGAGUUUCCAACAAAGCAAAAUAUUCAUUUGGAAGCAGCUCAUUUCAUCCAGGAAUCAGUUCAAAACCCUACCCCAUCAAAAUUAACGUCAUCAAUCAGAAAGAGGGCCCACGAUUUCAGCCAAACGUGAAAGUGGUGACUGUCUCUGAGGACAGCACAUCCAUUUCUAUUAACAAAGUCAUAACUACAUAUGCUGCAAUCGACAGUGACACACUGAUGACUGCUACCAACGUCAGGUAUGCAAAGUUAGUUGAUUUGGACAACUGGAUUUCAAUUCAUGAAAAAACAGCAGAAAUCAGGUUGAAUAAGUUGCCUGAUCGAGAGUCAAUCUACUUGAAAAAUGGAACAUAUUAUGCAAAAAUCAUAUGCAUCACAGAGGAGACGCCCUCGAAAACGGCAACAGGGACCAUAGCCAUUCAGGUGGAGGACUUCAAUGAUCACUGCCCUCAGCUGACCGCUACACAUCAGACUGUGUGUCUUGGGGAAAAUGUAGUUUAUGUCACAGCUGUAGAUGGAGAUGAGUUCCCCAACGGAGCCCCGUUUGAUUUCACCGUGAUCCAAGACAGUCGCAAAGAGGAGUGGACAGUUGAACCUCUCAAUGGAACUGCAGUCAUUUUGCGUCACCAAGCACACCUGUGGCCGGGCAUCUACAAAGUGAAAGUGGACAUCAAAGACCAGCAAGGGAAGUCAUGUGAUGACAUCCAAACCAUAGACGUAGUGGUGUGCACAUGCGAUGAAAACAUCCGAUCCUGUGUGCUGCGUGGAAAACGUACCGCCACAUUUGGGGCUGCUGGUGUUUUGCUUAUGCUGCUGGGACUGUUGCUACUGCUCUUGAUUCCUCUUCUGCUGCUCUUCUGCCUGUGUGGUGCUGCUGCGAGAGAGUUCAAGCCCAUUCCUUUUGAACCUCAAACAAAACUGAUUUCAUAUCAUACAGAGGGACAGGGUGAAGACAGGAAAGUUCCUCUUCUUCAAAUUCCAACGGAAGUUGAAGGUGGCACGGUGACUUUGCAGGACAUCAAUCAAUUUGAAGGAAAGGGACACUUUGAAGGCUUGGUUGAAUCGGGUGGAGUAGGAGGUGGACGAGUAGAUGGGGCUGAUGCUUUCGGCACCACUGUGACAGCCGAGAACAUGCAUCUUUACAACCAGUACGGACACUUCAUUGGGCGAGACGAUAUGCAAUACAUGGGUCAAGGAACAAUGCUUGGACAGCACUCCAAUUAUACCGAUGGGGCCUUUGACGGGAUGGCUCUCUCUGAGCAUUUCCUGGGGGAGUACUAUUUAACAAAAUCCAACAUUGCUUCACAGCAGUAUUCGGAGAAUGACCGAGCCCUGGCGUACGACUAUGAGGGCCAGGAGUCCCUGGCAGGUUCCGUAGGUUGUUGCAGCCUCCUGGAUAACGAUGACGACCUUGCAUUCCUGAAUGACCUGGGGCCAAAAUUCAAAACCCUGGCGGCAAUCUGUAAGGGGUCGACGCUUGUGAGCGAAUCAGCUGCAGCUGAAGUACGGACGUCCAGUCCCCCGGUCAGACCGGUGUCUCCAGCCAGGCCCUCCACUUCGACCCACACACAUGUGCACACGCACUCAGAAACAGUCAGGGACGGUGGGCAGCUGAAUACUUUCAAAGCCUCCAACGUGGCAUCUGAGUCGUCCACUUUCAUCCAAGAGGAGCGAAUUACAGAGAGAUCCCAAGGAUCUGUGUCGGCUCCCAAAGUUCAUGUACAGGACAAUGUGAUUAUUCCUAAUCCGACUAUUCUCAUCCAGCAGCCUGCCAUGUAUUACGCCGCGACACCCAUGUAUGUGGUUGAGGCCAAGCCCCAAAUGGUGCUGGUGUCAGGGGAAACCUCCCAGGCAGCGGGACAGGUGGGUCAGGUUGGGAUGAGUCAGGGGUUGGUGCAAGUCGGUACCCUGCAAGGAUCCCAGGGCGUGAUGCUUGUUGAUGGGCAAGUGGGAAUGGGUGGAGCAGCAGGGCAGGUGGCCCAGGGUGUGUCAAAAGGAACCAUCUCCAGAUCCACACAAGUGCUGGUGGUUGAAAAUGGGUCCUCAGGAAGAGAGCAAGGUAAAAACCUAGUGGAAGGCAUUGUUCAAACAGGGCAGAGGUCUGCAGAGGCUGCCAUGGACAUGAGAGGCCAUGGUGGGCAGUCUUUUUCGCAGAUUUCACAUGGUUCCACGGGGUCACAUGAGGGCUCAGCACUGGCAUCCGCAUCCAAGUCGAUAGGCAGUCGGAGAGUGGUUUCACACAAAAAAAUCUCAGUGACAGAGAGAAGUUUUGAGCCCAACACGAGAGCCUAA